AUGGCAGGAACGUUAAAUUUAAAAGAAUUAAAAGACGAACCCAUUUUAUUCUACGAAAAUGCAUUAAGUUAUGUUUUUUCUAAUACAAGGGAUGACAACAAAAAAGAUGUUCCUGCUUGUGUGAUUUACCCAAAUGAGACCAUAAAAAUUGGCUUCCCAAUAUAUUCUAUAAAAAAUAUUAACAAGAAUGAAAACGUAAUAAAUGAUACAGAUGUGCAAACGAACAGGUUCAAUGAAGAACCCCUCAUUACAUAUGCAUCUGAGUCUAAACAUAUUUAUCCACUUCGAGUAAAAAUAUACUAUGGUAUCCUCUAUAUGUUAAUAAUUUCUGAACUUUCUGCGAUGGUAUUUUUUAAAGACAACAUAAACCUUACAACCACCGGAGAAAUAAACAGAGGACAGGCUUUUGUAUUUCUCUUCAUGGCCCUCUCACACAUACUUGUGAUAUUAUCAAAGUUUCGAAAAAUCAAGCCCUACGUAUUUGACUUGUACACCUCGCUCAGUUUAUUUUUUUUCAUUUUAUCCAUCUUAACAAUAAAUUGUUUUAGUAGCUCUGUAAUUUCCAUAUUGCAGUUUUUCAUUUUUUUCUUCCAUGCCAAGAUUGAUUAUUACGUUAUGGCCCACUCCUGCGUUGUUCCUCCCUGA